GCUUCGUGGAACUCUCAGUUCGACGUCAGAAUGAGCAAAAUGUGUUAAAGUACGAGCAUGCCUGCCAUUCCAAUGCUUAAAUCAGCCGAGUCCGAUAUUGAAUUCCAACAUUCUCAAGAGGUGCAUUCUUUGAAGAAUGGCCAAUCUUUCUGCUUUCACCGAAGAACAAACAACUCUUUUAAUCGACAUCGAUGUCGAAAAUACGACUACAGCGGCAACCGAGAUCGUCGCCGGCGGACCGACAACGACGAGGCCUCCUGACUACCAGGGUCUCAUCCUCGGGACAACACUCGUCGUCCUCAUCAUCGUGGCGAACUUCGUCAGCCUGGUUGCAUUCGCCAUCGAAAAGCGCCUCCGGACUUACAACAACUAUUUCAUCAUCAAUCUAACUAUCGCCGACCUGUUCGUUGGGUUAUUGCAAACCAUCGGUGUCACUCACACAUUCAUUGGUUAUUUCCCUUUUAACCAAACGAUCUGCAGAAUAUACAUCGGUCUCCGGAAUGCGAACUUUUCCGUUUCCGUGGUCGGCGUCGUCAUCAUUUGCAUCGACCGACAUCGUGCGACUUACGAUCCCAUGAAUCACUUCAUGACCCGCAGCAAGGCCAAGGCGAUGAAGCUGAACGCGCUCACGUGGUUGAUCUCCUACGGGUUCUGGAUGCCCUUCACCACCGGGUGGGACUACGCCGUCGACCACGACGCCGGCCGGCACUGCGUCGGCGCGUUCUCGCGAUCGACCAUCGGGAACAUCACCCAGAAUAUCAUAUCAUUCUUCAUCCCUCUCGUGAUCAUCUCCGUGCUCUAUCUACGGAUCUUUCUCAAGAUCAAGGAGACGAUCGGCGGUAAGAGUGUCAAGAAGCAGUUUGACAACCCUAAAGGAAGCAUUGGUGCUGACGGUCUUUCUACCAGUAAUGCAACCAUCGUUAGUGAACUCACAUCUGAUGAUGUGAUAGAGAUGAGGAAGAAUCCUACCGCGGCUCCUGAAGUCAAGACCACUGGCCAAGCUGGUAGUAGGGUCGGAAAGGCGAACGACAAGGGACGCAACCCCAAGCGAGAGUCGUCCAACGAAAUGCAGAAAGCCACUCGAACUCUUUCCUACAUCGUCAUCUCUUUCAUAAUCGCCUGGUUACCCAACAAUAUCAUCUACUUAUUGUUCGCCAUCAAUCCCAGGUUGAUCCUUACGCCAAUCCUACCAAGGGCUCUAAGGCAGUUCUUCAACUGGCUUAGGUACGCCAACAGUUUCCUGAACCCUCUCUGCUAUGUGGCCUCUCAACCUCUGUUCCGACAGACCAUCAUCAACAUGUUCUGUAAUCCGCGCCAGUACUGCUGAUCUUGUAUGCCAUACGAGCAGUUCUUCAACUUGCUAAGGUAAAUAAGCCAACAAUUUCCUGAACCCACUCUGCUACGUGGCCUCUCAACCUCUGUUUCGACAGACCAUCCUUAACAUGUUCUGUAAUCCGCGCCAGUACUGCUGAUCUUGUCAUACGAGCAGCUCUUCAACUUGCUAAGGUAAAUAAGCCAACUGUUUCCUGAACACAUUCUGCUAUACGUUGCCUCCUCACCUCUGUUUCGGCAGACCAUCAUCAACAUGUUCUGCAAUCCACGUCAGUACUGCUGAUCUUGCCUUUCAGUUCAACAUUGAGAACUUGCUAAUAAGGUACGCAAACAAACAGUUUCCUGAACCCAUUCUGCUAUUGUGGCCUCCCAUGCAACCUCUCUUUCGACAGACCAUCAUCAACAUGGUUUGCAAUCUGCACCAGUACUGCCGAUCUUGUCUUUAAGUUCUUCAACAUUAAGAAUUCGCUAAUGAGGUACGAAAACAGUUCCCUGAACCUAUAUACGUUGCCUCCAAACAUCUAUUUCGGCAGACCAUCAUGAACAUGUUUUGCAAUCCGCGACAGUACUGCUGGGGAGCGUUUCAUGAAAGGACUUGUCAGACGUUUUAUCCGACAAGUCCUGUUUUAUC